AUGGCCCAAACUCUGCCUCUGCUGCUGUUGGCCAUGCUGAACUCUCUGAGCUGCCACAGUGAGGUGAGGGCCAGGGACCCUGACAUGGAGGAAGAAGAGGCUGUGGGGAUUGGAGGAAGGGCACAGCAUAUUUCUGGCACCUUUGGGACCGCUCACCUACCCUUGCCCCAUGAAAAUCACGGCAUCCCAAAGCCUUCAGAUGGCAACCCUCAAAACUCAGUGUCCCCCUCAAGAGAGACUGUACAUCCAUCUGCACAGAGAGGAAACUGGUGUGCAUAUGUAAAUCACCGUAUGGUCACCACAGCCGUACUCUGCACUACAGAGACUCAAACUGUGAAAUCUGUGAACCCCUGUUCUGAUGGAGCUCCUGACUGCCAAAUCAUCACGUAUAGGCAGUCCUCACAGCCUGUAUACAAGCAGAAGCAGAUAGCACUCUCUUCUAUGCACUUUAAAUGUUGCCCAGGAUAUGGAGGACACAACUGCCUGGAAAAAGGCAAACCUCCAGAGGAUGAGAAGCAUGCUUUAAAGUCUGAGAUUAAUGACAAUGGCAGUUCAGGCAAGUCUGGCUUUACCUUUAACGGAGGUAAAAUGGGGACUGACCAACUGGAAGAUGCAAACUGGGCUGACAAACCUCUACAGGAGGCUCCCAUUCAUGGUUAUUCACCAAAUCAGAGUCCUUUUGGUGCCAGAGAAGGGAUCCCUACCUCUCAGCCUUUGCCAUUCCUUGAUUCAUCCAUUCUGCUGUCGAUGCAUCAGUUAAUGUCAACUAUGAUGAGUCAGCUUCAACCAGUGCUGGAAAGCUUCAAUCAAACACUGAAGCAUCUGUCCAGUGAGGUGCACGCAUUGUCUCAGGACUUGCAGCAACUGCGGAUGGAAAAGGAAGACAACAGGUCCACGAACAGAGGCGAAAGUCACAGUGGACCUAUCGAGCAGAGACUAGAGCCUAGUCAUCUCCAGAUCAGUCAUAUGAAAACCCAAUUGGAUACACAGAAAGACCAGAUGGAGAGGGCCUUUCAGGCCCAGCAAGAACUGCUGAAACACAACCUAACAAAACUGAAGGAAGAGGUGGAUGAUCAGAUCGGUCAAAGUCAUGAUACACAGGUGAAUCUCCAGUCUCUAUCUGAAUUGGUUGAGGAGGUGAGACUUGGCCAGAGGAAGCUGGAAGGGGCACUGCAGAGAGAACGUGCUGAGUUUGUCAAUCCAAGUGGAGGCAAGCCAACACAGGAGUCAGGAGUGUGGGAGGCCAUCACUCAACUACAUGAGAAGGCACAAAGUAACUCUGCGAAGCUCAGCAGCUUGUCUGAGACUUCUAAGGACUCUGAUAGUGCUGUCCAGGCUCUGCAAAGAGACCUACUGAACCUGGGACAGAGCCUAGAGGAGGUCAAACAACGCACUGAGGUCCACUUUGCAGAGACAGGUCUGGAGGUGGAGGCUACUCGAUUCAGGGUGCUCAACAGUGUUGGCGAGCUUACAGCUAACCUAAGUGCACAUGAGGGUCAGUUGAGAGAAAUUGAGUUUGACCUGGACAACAUCUACCAACAACUACAUAGAAAUGAUUCAGUAAUUGCAGAGCAAGCCUGUAGCUGUAAAUUGAUUGGCAGUUCACUAGCUAGGUUGGAGCUGGAGGUGGCUAAUGUGACACAGUUAGCAAAAGAGAAUCAACGUGCACUUGAGGAGGCAGCUCUAGAAAGGAUUCAGGCCACCGAAAUGGAGGAUCUUCAUCAGGGCCUGCUGAAUAUAAAGGAGUCAUUGGCCUUUGAGCAGGGCAGAAGCAGGAGUCUUCAAGACACUAUGUCCCAGCUACAGGCUUCACUCCUGGACAGCCAGCAAGAGAUCCAAGUCCUGAGACAGCGGGAUGAGGACAAGUCAAAUGCAAUUCGAGGCCUAUCAGCCACCUUCUCUUCCCUCCUGAAUGAUGCUGUACGCCAUUCUGAAGUCCUGGAAGUGCUACUCGGAGAGGAGGUCUUGGAAUUCUAUCGCUGGUCACACAGCCAAAAGAAAGACCUCAGUAUCCCAGAUCUUUUACAGAGAAUGGCUGUGAUGCAGCAAAAGAUUGAAACACAUGAUAGGAUUCUGGCCUCCCUUCGGAGAAAGCAUCCUGACGGGGAUGAGAUGAAUAGCGAUGACCCGGUGGCAUACUUAGAGGGGCCCGGUACAAAUAACCAGGCGAGAGGCCCUGAAAGUUACCAGUCCUCUUUACCAGACCCUUCGAUUGGAGAGGAGGAUGUUGAUUAUUCAGUCAGUGACUUCUGGAGUCUGGGAAAAGAGUUGGAGCAAUUAGCAGGUAGAAUAACCAUGUUGGAAGAGCACUGUGGCAACUGCACUGGGCCCUCUGGUGGUUCUGUUCUAGAACUGCAGGCAAAUAUAGCAUCCCUACGUCAGACCCUGGAGGAUCAUUUGAACAUGUUUCAAAACCUGUUCAGCAAUACAGAAGAACUAGCCAGCUCGACUAGAAGCCUGAAUCUAGAUGAAGUUUGGAGACUGGUGAGAAAGAAAGAAGGCAAGAGAAGGGGGAGCCAAAAGCAAGAAGAUCUGAUCAAAAGAGAAGAAAAGUCUUCCAGUGGACGAAGAAAAAGAUACAUAGAAAGAGAACAUGCUCAGUUACCACAUUCCCCCGUGGUGUUCAUCACAAGCCUGGACAACAGAAGAGGACCAAAUGGGGAGCUCACAUCGAAAAACUUGGCUGUGAACUAUGGUGGUACUUUUAAUCCUACAUCAGGGGUGUUCCAGGCAACUGAGACUGGAUUCUAUCUCUUCUUAGUGACCUUAGACUUUGAGAGAGGCCUUUCAUUGGCUGUACUGAAGCGCAGUGGAGUUCCAGUGGCCUCUCUCAGACAGGAACAAGGGGAAAAAAGGGGACCAGUUAGUCGAGCCUCCCUGCUGGAGCUUCGUCAAGGGGAGACAGUUACAUUAGAAUUGAUGCAUGGAUCACUACGAAAAGCGCAGCCUUGGGACAACACACUGUCUGGACUAUUGCUCUUCAUUACAGAGCACAAGGACAUGCUGUGAAGAGAAAUGGGUGAGCAACAAAGGAAUGGGAGGAUACGUUUGAGUCUGACGCACUGUGCGUCACUUGCAGACAUGCUGUAUUUUGUAUGCAUGCAGCCUCUUCUUGAAGGUGCCAAAAAUACUUGUUGAAAUAUUAUGUUUUGUAACUGAUUUUGGAAUAAUAUUGAGAAAACGAGGUAAGUUAAAGAAAUAAGAGGAAGACAGUUAUAUAACAGAAACAGUUAGAUACCACCAGUCCUUCUGUUGCUCUGUGGAGGAUCUAAUAAUAAGGCAAGGAAUACAUUAUGGAACCAGUUUCUAUGAGGCAAUAUGAAUAAACAAAUGGUACCAGUAGUGAGGGAAACUCUGUACAAAAAAUGGACAUCCUGCAAAUCAUGCAUUCAAAUGAUCACAUUAAAUGCAAAUGUCAAUCAAGAUUUAAACAUAAUGUUUGUGUACUAAAAUAAGGCAAUUUACUUAAAAAAAAUUGAUACAUUGGACUAAUUCUGUGUACAGAACAGAUUUUCUUGGUAAACAUAAGGCACCUCUCUUAAAACCAGAUAUUGUGCACAAUUAAAAAAAAAAAAGUUAAUAUUAUUCAGGCCAUUUUACGUUUCCUUACACAUUAAACAAUUAAGUCAAAAGCAUUGUGUAGUCAUUUAUCAAGCCAGAUGAGCUUAAAUGAGUUCAAAUGUGAUUUUCGCUAACUGGCAUGAUUGUAAUGGACAGAAUAGGCUUGAGCACAACUGCAGCCCAAACAAUAAGAAAACACACACAAGCAAUGGGAGAUCUGAAUCUUCAAUGCAAAGCAAAGGUUUUUGUACCUGUAUAAUUUAUAUUUCCCAGUCUGCUAUAAUAACUUAUUUAAAUGCACCCCAAUGAUAUAACUUGAUCUUCAAGGCAGAAAUGACCAACUUGUCUUUCAAGGCAAAGUACCCUGGUUUUGACGUUAAACCUGUAUUUUGUACAGGUAACCUGUAUAGUGCUAACAAUUUUCAUGUAUAUGAAAGGUGAACUUAAGUUGUCUGUCCUGACUUUUCAGUAAAUUACAGAUAAAGGGACUAGUUUUACACAUUAUAUCAAAGACAAAUAAUGAUAAUUCACCCACACUUUCAUAGGAAGUUAUUAAAUGUAGAAUUUCAUCUUAUAGUCAUAAAUUUAGUAUUUGAAAGGUUGAGCUGCUCUGUAAAACAUUGAGAAAGUCACAAGUUACAAGAACAGUGUUAAUAGUCCUGCAAGUAAAAAUAUCUUACCUCAGUAAUUCAUACUAUAUGACAUGACAUGAAUAAAUAGCACAUGCAUUUGCAUUAUUCUAUCACAUUAGACAUUUAUGAGUCAUAUGAUUCCCAAGCGUCACAACAUUAGAUUCAAGGCAAAACUGUUUAAAUGAGGCAUUGAAAACGGCAAUCCAAUCUGACACUGAUGAAUCAGAUGUGAUAUAGUGAGGUUGACUCGAAGGCUACUGGAUAUAAUACAACAACGUUUAUGAAGCAUUCGGGGGCAGUGGGCAUACAUCUGCACGGACACACCUGCAAUAAGUCAGAUCAGAGCUGCCAUUCUGAGAGAUUGAAAAAUCACCAUAUCUUCUAGAUGAACAGAUCUUAUACGGCAGCUGUGUUGGCAAUAUUUGACCAGUCAUACUUCAGUUCUUCAGGCCAAACAAGGGGUGAUGAUCAAAUUACUCCUGUCAUCAUACCUGAACUUUCUAUUCCUAACAGUGAGUACAUUCCCAGUCUUCAC